AUGCAGGAACAUUCCUUACAUGCUAACCUAAAAAAGAGUUCAUUCGGGUCUACCAAAGUGCACUAUUUAAGUCAUGUUAUAACUCAAAAUGGGGUGCACACUGAACCUGAGAAGAUUCAGGCAAUUGUUACUUGGCCUCAACCUAAAAACAUUAAACAACUUAGAGGUUUUUUGGGCUUAACAGGCUAUCACAGGAGAUUCAUAAGAGACUAUGGCAAGAUUUGCAAGCCUCUUACUGCCCUGUUGAAGAAGCAAGCUUUCCAUUGGACUCCUACAGCAACUGAAGCAUUUGAAGCUCUUAAAAGAGUCAUGACUACACCCCCUGUAUUGGCUUUGCGUAACUUUAAUGACCAAUUUGUUAUUGAGAUUGAUGCCUCAGGUGUAGGCAUUGGAGCAGUCUUAAUGCAACAUGGACAUCCUAUUGCAUAUUUAAGCAAUGCUUUGGCUGACAGAAAUCUACGCUUAUGUGCUUAUGAGAGAGAGUUGAUUGCAGUUGUCUUUGCAGUCCAAAAAUGA